AUAGUCUACUUAAAUCACUUUUGAGCCUACAGAACAGCAAUCAGUUAUCUUGCUUAUGUAGUAGGCUACUGGAGAACUUAUGGGAGAUAGCGGACCGCCUCAGAAGAGGGGUUCACUCCCUCCCAGAAAGGACCCACGCCCAGUGCAAUAUAUGGAAGUCUUCAGCACGGAGGAUUUUAGCCUUAUAAAGCACGUACGGAAAUCACGCUUCCCACGGAUAUCCUCCGCUGAGAAGCAAAAUGCACGGAAAAAUAACAUAAUUGAAUUUAAAGGGCGCCCAGCUGAUGUUCUUCGACUGCAUUUGAAUUCUCCAAGCCCAGAGCCCAUUGUCUUCCCCCCUAUAUAUGGGCAAACCUUGGACACUUGGCUGGCACCUGCGCUGAAGAAUGAUGAGCAAGGCCAGGCUCCACUUGAGAUGGAAACUGAUGACCCUCUUUUAAAACAAUCACUGCCAGCUAACAGCGCAAGCAUUGAUCAGCCUGAGGAGAUUGUAGCAUCAGGAGCUGUGAAGAGAACCAGAGGCCUGCAGCCUCCUGUCCUCCCCAACCCUGACUUCUUCAAGCUGUCAGCAAAGACCAGGACCAGGUGGCCCCAGCCGCCACCAAAGAAGUCCAGUGUCUCCACACCUUCUCAACAGCCACCCUUGCUGGAGCGGCGCGCAGAGAUGCAGCGUCGCGCAGAGAUGCAGCGCCAUGCAGACGUAGAGCGAGUCUGUGCACCCGCUCCCCCCUCUCAGCACCACUCCGGAGCAGAGAUGCAGCGCGCAGAGAUGCAGCGACGCGCAGAGAUGCAGCGUCGCGCAGAGAUGCAGCGCCAUGCAGACGUAGAGCGAGUCUGUGCACCCGCUCCCCCCUCUCAGCACCACUCCGGAGCAGAGAUGCAGCGCGCAGAGAUGCAGCGACGCGCAGAGAUGCAGCGUCGCGCAGAGAUGCAGCGCCAUGCAGACGUAGAGCGAGUCUGUGCACCCGCUCCCCCCUCUCAGCACCACUCCGGAGCAGAGAUGCAGCGCGCAGAGAUGCAGCGACGCGCAGAGAUGCAGCGUCGCGCAGAGAUGCAGCGCCAUGCAGACGUAGAGCGAGUCUGUGCACCCGUUCCUCCCUCUCAACACCCCGGAACUGCCCGGAGGCGGGGGCGUCGGUGUGCCAGGCUAGUGGGUGCUGAAGAUCUCCAGCCACAAGAGUUCCCCAAGAUUAGCAUCUGUACUCCGACUGCCCCCAGUACCCCCCGGCCUAACACCCCCUACAUGGAAACCGGACUCCCCGUUCGAGGUCACCGCUUCAUCAAGCGGUGAUCUCCAGGGACUCCACACUCCACCCCCCCCCACCCCCCCAGCCCCAUCCUACCCCACCCCACCCCACCCCACAACCCCUACACCCUCCUUCAGUUGGUCCAGCGCACCCCUCUGUUGGAGAGUGACCUCUCACCUUUAUGUGUGGAGGAUUCUCCCAUCAGAGGGGACGCAGCAAGAGCACAGACUCCCUGUCCCUAUUGGACUCUGUGAAGCCGACUGAAGAGGUUAAAGGAGAGAGGUGUGUGUCUGAGGGGGUCCGGAGAGGGACAGUCACCAACAGACCCCCAUCUACUCAUCAUCAGAAUGACACACACUCUCAUGGGACCUAUGGCACUCCCGGGAGCAGAACCACACAUCACUGCAGGGAGCAGGCUCUGUGUCUGGUCUAUUACCACCUACCACCUGUCUGGUCUAUUACCACCUACCUUACCUAUUUUCCCCAAAUGGACACCACAAUUUUAACUUUUAUCAGCUAAUCAAUAAAUUGUUUCAUCAAGCAA